AUGGUUUCAGAUACAACUAAAGCUACAAUGGUGCCAGAGAAAAGGAUUAUAAAAAUUGCAGGCAGGAGGUCCAAGCUUGCCGUCAUACAGUCAGAGCAGGUGAGUGCAAUGAUUAAGGCCAAUUUUCCUGGCUACGAAUGCACGGUUUUGGCACUGCAAACUUUAGGUGAUCAGAUCCAAUCUAAACCAUUAUAUUCGUUUGGAGGUAAAGCCUUAUGGACAAAGGAACUGGAAGAUUUACUAUAUGAUGAAGACGAAGAAAAACGUAUUGAUCUAAUUGUACACUCUCUUAAGGAUAUGCCAACUCACCUACCUGAUGGGUUUGAGUUGGCUGCUGUAACCAAGCGUGUCGAUCCCAGUGAUUGUCUAGUAAUGGCAGCAAACAGUCCAUAUAAAUCUCUUUCAGAACUCCCUAAAGGCUCAGUUAUUGGUACUUCGAGUGUGCGUAGAUCCGCCCAGUUGAAGCGCAAAUUUCCGGAUUUAAUAUUUGAAAGUGUUCGUGGAAACAUUCAAACGAGACUAAAUAAGCUUGAUAGCGAAGAAAACAAUUACUCGUGUAUUAUUCUAGCAACUGCAGGCCUUGUUAGGUUGGGUCUGGAAAAUAGAAUAACUCAAAGGUUUACAUCCGACAUCAUGUAUCACGCAGUGGGCCAAGGCGCCCUUGGUAUAGAGACAAGAACCGGAGAUACUCGCAUAAAAGAUAUCCUCGAUAAAAUAGCUGACAGAAGUAGCACUAUCUGUUGUCUCUCUGAGCGCUCAUUGAUGAGAACCCUUAAUGGUGGUUGUUCAGUUCCAAUUGGAGUGGAAUCUGAAUUUGAUGAGAAAACUUCGACCCUAGUUUUAAAAGGCAUCGUGGUUAGUGUAGACGGAACCGAAGCAGUAGAAGACCAAAUAUCAAUGCAUAUUAACGAAGAUAAAGAAGAUGCCAUUAAGGCUGGUGCAUUAUUAGCUGAAAGUCUAAUUGCAUCUGGUGCUAAGAAAAUAUUAGACGACAUACAUCUACCUACCAGUUAA